UGGUCUGAGAGAUUCAAAAGAACAGCUGUUGUGCGUUAUAGAUCCCUUUAGUUUUUUCAAUAAAUCGAACAUAUUGUUUUCAUAUAAUUAACUAAUUUCAUGGUUAAGUUAUAAUCAAUAUCUGUAUGUUGACAUUUCGCAGUUUGAAUAAUAUUCAAUUGAGUGAAGUGGCGGUUCUUUUUGUGUGGAUUGUGGAAUUUUAUUGUGCGUUGUGGCGGAGGAGUCCUGGAUUUUAUCGAUAAUGGAUACUGAAGGCCAAGUCCAGCAGUACGGAGAAGUCAACCAACUGGGUGGCGUCUUCGUCAACGGACGUCCUCUUCCCAACUCCGUACGUCUUAGAAUCGUCGAACUCUCACAAGUUGGAAUUCGUCCAUGCGAUAUCUCGCGGCAACUACGCGUCUCACACGGCUGUGUCUCAAAAAUCCUCGCCAGGUACCACGAAACCGGCUCCAUCCUCCCCGGCGCCAUCGGCGGCUCCAAACCCCGCGUCACGACCCCCAAAGUGGUGGCCUACAUCAAAGACCUCAAACAAAAAGACCCCGGGAUCUUCGCCUGGGAGAUCCGCGACCGCCUCCUCUCUGACGGAAUAUGCGACAAGUACAACGUCCCCUCCGUGAGCUCCAUCAGCCGGAUCCUCCGGAACAAAAUCGGAUCCCUGGUCCACACGGCGCCUCAUUCGCACUCCCUCUACAACGCCAUCUACCCCAGCUACCCCUACCCGCAACAAAAGCUGCAAACGCCGCCCCCUCAACGCCACGCCACCGCUCCCUGCUGGCCUAGUUCGCACUCAGUGUCGGAUAUUUUGGCGGGAGUGCACGCGGCGGCCUUCCGGACGCCCCACGGCGCGCCCGGAGGAGUCCCCGGAGGCGCGCCGGCACCAGACAGUGCACAAAACUACAACUAUUACAUGUAUCUGCAAAGCGGCAACACUGCCAUGCAUAUGGUCAAUCCGGGGAUUAACUCGCAUCCCUUGACGGCGCCGGGGACGCAUCUCUGAUCUGUGAGUUUGUUAUAGGUAUAACAAGACGAUAUGCUUGUGUUUUGUAUGCUUGUGAAGCUUUAAAAUGUAUAAUGUUAAGAACAUGAAACAUGUUUGUACAUAAAUAAUUUUAAGAUGCUUAAACAGUGCCUUUUGGUGCGUGUUGUUAUUCGAAUUAAAUUUGACACCAGUACUGUUUCUUGAACAACGUUAUUGUGUAAGUAGGUGCGUUAUUUAUUAUUAAUAGUAAUUUAUUUGAAAUUAUCGCAAUUAUUGUUUCGUUUUUGUUUCAUACACAACAUUAUUACACGAAUAAAAUUGUGUUUUUGCAAGAAUUGGGUUAUUUUGUAAAUAUUUUUUCAUGUAACAUGAAAAGUGUAUUACUGAUGCUUGAAAUAUAUUAUU